GUGCACAACACAGGAAACCAACUAAAUUCUGAGAAGAAGAAAAACAUUCAUUCUUUUCCAUUAAGAAAAAAUGGAACGCUCUACAAAACUCUUCUCGGCGGCGUUGGUUCUCUUCGUGGUUGUGGUGGCACACCGGGCAGCAGCCUCACAGGAUCUAAAAGGAAAGAAGCUAAUCAACAAGGUAUGCACAAUCGCCCCAAGCAGAGACCUCUGCGUUCAAAUCCUCUCAUCGGACCCAAUAAGAAGCCCUAACGCAGACCUCAAGGACUUGGCUGUUAUCUCCCUUAGGGUUGCUGCCAGAAACGCUUCCGGCAUCCUCAGCGACACCAAAAUGUUGAUCGACGACGACAACCUAGACCCCGACGUCCAACAAGGUUUGGCUGAUUGCAAGGAGACAAUCUUGGACGCCGAGAGCCAGCUCGAGGACACCAUUGCUUCUUUGUUGGUUGGUUCCGACACCGACGCACAGGUUUGGCUCAAGGCUGCCGUGGCCGCAAUCGACACCUGCGACGCUUCCAUUCCCGGAGACGACGACGUUCUCUCCGUCAAGAGUGCCAUGUUCCGCAGGCUGUGCAACAUUGCCAUUGCCAUCAGCAAGCUCUUGAACAAACCACUUAAAUUCUAAACUUGUCGAUUGUCGUCCUUUCCUUUAACUGGUUUUUUCUUCAUCAUCCUGUGUCGAUCAUAAUCUGAAUAUCUUCCUUAAUUUUAUUUACGGUGUUAACACUGCAUGCUGCCCGAGUUUUUUCCUUUUCCUUUUUGUGUAGUAAGUAGUUUGUUACGUGAGAAAAGGAGGGCUCGCGAAAUGUCACUGCUUAAGAACACACAUGCAAACAGCGAUAAUGAUAGGUCUUGCAGGCUAAUUACUUCUGUGUGAA